AUGAGCUGGUCAGAGCGGGGUGGUCUCGUGGACGACACGGAGGAUGUGGAGUUGGAUUUCAGUACCGAGGAGGAGGAGCAGAGAGCGCUCAGGGGGGCAAAGAUCCGACACCCCCUCGCCUCCUUCCUGCACCUGUUCUUCCGAGUGGCUGCCAUAGUAACCUACCUGCUCUGUGAUUGGUUCACCAAGAGCUUUACUUCCUGCUUCAUUAUGAUCAUCACUCUGCUGUCCUGUGACUUCUGGUCUGUUAAGAAUGUGACAGGCAGGUUGUUGGUGGGUCUGCGAUGGUGGAACCAGAUCGAUGAGGAUGGGAGAAGCCUCUGGGUGUUUGAGGACAGGAAGUCCUCUCCCCAGGCCGGUGGUACGGAGGUGGAGGCCAGGAUCUUCUGGUCGGGUCUGAUCAUCUGUCCUCUCAUCUGGACCGGCUUCUUCUUCACCACCCUGUUCUGUCUGAACAUACACUGGCUGGUGUUGGUGGUAGCCAGUAUCUCUCUCCAGGGGGCUAAUCUAUAUGGUUACCUGCGCUGCAAGAACGGCAGACAGGAAGCCCCACCCACGUCCACUUCCUCUUUCCUGCAGGGACAGCACUUCCUCCAGCGG